GCAACAUCCGGAGGACCGUUGGAGGCGACGCUCGGGCGAUUCUGGGCGAUCUCCAUCGACGACGACUCCGAUGAAGACUCACCGGAGGCGAGGCGUGAUCCAGGGGUGGAGGUGCCCUCUUCGCCCUCGCCAUAUCGGAAGCCGGCAAAGGAGGAGUCUUCUCUGCCGCCGGAAACCCUGUCGGCGAUUCGUCGACGGGAGCUGAAGAGGAUCCGUCAGCGCGAGGCAGCGAUCCUUCUAAGGUCAGGUACGCCAUCGUUUUCUUCUUCUCCUUUUCUCUCCCCGAUACGAUCUUCUGCAGCUUCGAGGUUUGAAACAAAGUGUAAGAUUUCAACACCGGUUUUGACUCCGACGACGUUCUUCCUGGAUUCUUUCAAUGCCUCGGAAUGGAUACAGGUUUUCCGUCGAAGACGAAAGCUUUCGGCCUGGCGCCGACGCCGUACUUCCAUGCCGGUGAGAUCUGGCUUUCCGUCGGAAGAUCGGAGUUUGCAACGACAAAAACUUUCAAACUCUGACUUUUUGGGCCGUAUGGGCUCACGAAAUCAGAAGUCAACGUCACAAUUUGAUCGGCAUGGCAGUAUGGGCCAGGAUCCGAGUCUUGCCAAGUCUAACGACAUACGGAUCCCGCAAUUUGCUCGCGGGGUCACGUAUCGUCUAGGUUUCACAAUCACGCGCAGAACGCCAUCUUUCGUAACCCUACCAGAUACUGCUCCUCGUUCUCCCGUCAUGGCGAACAGAGGCGGCGGCCCCGGUCGUGGUCGGGGUACUCAUGGAGGACGUGCUGGCGGUGGUUGGCAUGAUGGUCAGGGAGGUGGCCGUGGUGCCAAUUUCCAUGAAGGUGGCCCGAGUGGUACCGCCGAGGAUGGUGCAGCUUCGGAUCAGGGCGGUGAGCACCUUAACAACGUCUUUGGAGAUGGUGUUUUCCGCGCUGGUCCGGGGAGACAAAAUUUCAGUACUGGAAAUCGGCAGUACCAAGGAUAUAACAACCGAGGGGACGGGCGACGCAAUUUUGAUUAUAGCGGUAAUUACAAUCCUCGUCGCUAUGUUUCAAAUAAUUCUGCAAACUUUCGAGCUGGGACUGGGAAUAGCAGGUAUGCUGCUACCACAGCGGGUCUUACUGAAGCUCAGCAGCGAAUGGUGGCUGAUGCCGCUGAGGCAUUUGCACAGCAGCUGGCCGGCCAGCCGGAGCCUUCUCAGCCGGCGGCUCCACUGUAUGUGCCGAAGACUGUUGUUAACCAUACUGGACAGGGAUCUGCGGGGGUGCGUCAGCCUGGCCUUGCCAGAACGACACCGACACCCGCUGCGGGGCAGCAUGCUGCGAUCGUGCAAGGACAGCCGCAAGCACAGAGAGCCGAAAAUGUUCUGUUGGCUGUGGCUGGAUGUGCUUCCAAGGAGGUUGUGGGUGAGUCGGAGAUUUUGACCGAGGAGGAGUAUGUUGCAGCAACUAGGAAGAAAGGACCGAGCUGUUUUAGAUGUCGUACGGCUGGUCAUUUCCUUAAUGAUUGUGAAGUGGUUCUGUGUGAUUGUUGUCAACGACCCGAGCAUGCUACUAAAGACUGCCCACUUCAUCGUGCACCGAGACCUCGUCUUGCAAUGUUUGGUAUGGGCCAUCCUGAUUUAGCUUUUUGGGAAUUACCUUUAUCCAAAGGAGUGAGGCCAAGGGUGGAAAACACAAGGCUAGGAAGAGUACAAGUCUCUGGAGGCUCUCUAACUAUUGCACAAUUAAUUGUUCAUUUGCAAUGAAUUGUGCCUGAUCCACAAUAUAUUUGGGAUGUGCAGCAAAUGGAGGAAAAUGUGUUCAAGGUAAACUUUCGUAGUAAAAAUGAAUUGGUAAGGGUGCAACAUUUUGGAAGAUUCCAUGUCCCAGACUCAACUGUUAUUCUCUCUUUUGAUUUGUGGAAAAAAGAGAUUGAACCAGCUUGGGUACCUGAAGAUGUUUGGUUGAGGGUAUAUAGUUUACCACCGGUUGCUCUUGAUGAUUAUUUAGCCUUGUGGGCACUUGGAGAUGUUUUCGGUAAGACGAAAGAGAUAGAUAUAAUCUUUACCAGGAAGCACAAUGCUCUCCGCAUGCUCAUUACUUGCUUAGAUACUGCUCUUAUUCCUGAUUCAUGGGACUUGAAGAUUAAGCAUGAGUUCUUUCAUUUAAGAUUUGAGGUGGAAGGUGAGCAAAGGACAAAUACUCUAGAUGUUGCUAUGUCUGAUGUUCAGGGUGAUGGGGGUGAUGAUGAGUCUAAUGACAAUGCUCAUAAUAAGCCGGCUGAUGGUGAUUUGGAGCGAAAUGUGAAACGUAAUAAAAAUGUGGAUGUUACAAGUAAUGGAAAGAGUACAGAUGCUUCACCACCUGAGUUGAACACGUCAUCUCAUUCUUUACAGAUGAACAAAGUCAGUGUAGUGGAUGCUCUAUAUAAAAGUCUAUCUACUUUGACUGAAAAUAUGAAUACACAAAGCGCUGUUAUGGAGGGAGCUGCGGAGUAUGUUCCAAUACUGCCUCCAUCGGACUCCAUUUCAAACUUACAAAAACCAAAUAAUAUUGUGUUGGUACCUGAGGGGGUAAAAGCUAGCGAGGAGGCGGGACGUACGUCGAUCGCGUCGAAGGUGCAUGCUGCACGUCGGCCAAAGCAUGCAGUCUUGGGCUAUGAGGCCGCAGCUCUUUUGCCGAGCAAGCCGCUGGCGGCCGGAGGCCCUGUGUUGUCGCAGCCCAACCAGCAUGGCAUGGAUGGUUCUCUGCACUCGGCUGAGUCCCUCCCUGGGUCGAUCUUGGCAGCAAAGAAAUCUUUUAUCACAGCUAAGAAACUUAUACCACCUUUCUGA